UUUCGCUAUCUGUAUGUAAUCCGGAUUCAUACAGGUCACCACUGCCUUCGUCUUAACUUACCGUUUACCAACUACUUUUUGUAAGCAAUACAAAAAACUCAAAAACCAAAACCAUGGAAGAAGAAAUCGCAGCAUUAGUUAUUGAUAACGGCUCUGGUAUGUGCAAAGCUGGUUUCGCCGGUGAUGAUGCCCCCAGAGCUGUCUUCCCCUCUAUCGUCGGUAGACCUCGUCACCACGGUAUCAUGGUGGGUAUGGGUCAAAAGGACUCCUAUGUUGGCGAUGAAGCUCAAAGCAAGCGUGGUAUUUUGACUUUGAAGUACCCUAUUGAGCACGGUAUCGUCAACAACUGGGAUGAUAUGGAAAAAAUCUGGCACCACACUUUUUACAACGAAUUGCGUGUUGCUCCCGAAGAGCACCCCUGCUUGUUGACUGAAGCUCCCUUGAACCCCAAGUCUAAUCGUGAAAAGAUGACUCAAAUCAUUUUCGAAACUUUCAAUGCUCCCGCCUUUUACGUUUCUAUUCAAGCCGUUUUGUCCUUGUAUGCUUCUGGUCGUACCACCGGUAUCGUUUUGGACUCCGGUGAUGGUGUCACUCACACCGUUCCUAUUUAUGAAGGUUACGCUCUUCCUCAUGCCAUUAUGCGUCUUGACCUCGCUGGUCGUGACUUAACUGAUUAUCUUAUGAAGAUCCUUAUGGAGCGUGGUUAUACUUUCUCUACCACCGCUGAACGUGAAAUUGUUCGUGACAUCAAGGAGAAGCUCUGCUACGUUGCCUUGGACUUCGAACAAGAACUUCAAACUGCUGCUCAAUCUUCUUCUCUCGAGAAGUCUUAUGAACUCCCUGAUGGACAAGUUAUCACUAUUGGUAACGAGCGUUUCCGUGCCCCUGAAGCUAUGUUCCAGCCAUCUGUUUUAGGUCUUGAAAACGCAGGUGUUCAUGAGGCUACUUACAAUUCUAUCAUGAAGUGUGAUGUCGAUAUUCGUAAAGAUUUGUAUGGUAACGUUGUUAUGUCUGGUGGUACUACUAUGUAUCCUGGUAUCGCCGAUCGUAUGCAGAAGGAGAUUCAAGCCCUUGCUCCUAGCUCCAUGAAGGUUAAGAUUGUUGCUCCUCCUGAGCGUAAGUACUCUGUCUGGAUUGGUGGUUCCAUUCUUGCCUCUCUUUCUACCUUCCAACAAAUGUGGAUCUCCAAGCAAGAAUACGAUGAGAGCGGUCCUGGCAUCGUUUACCGCAAGUGCUUCUAAGUUCUUUCAUUUUUGUAACGAUUACGUACUUUUGAAUAACAUCGAUUCUUUCUGAUAUAUAUAUAUUUGUCUAACUACUCAAUCUUUUCAUAUCGUGUUCCUUAUUUCAAAUGACCUUAAAAUGAUCGAUGAUUAUCUUUAACUGAUCAGGAGUUUCUAAUCAUGGAAAUGUGCUUUUCUCUCUGCUCCUUGCUUUCGUUUAACUGGUACUCUGCUUUUUUCCCUUUUUUUGUUUGAUUGUAUAGACAAAAACCGGAGAUUCUACAUUUUUGUUCGUGAAACAGCAGAUGAAAUGUCUUGUCCGUGAUUUGAUUCCUUGUUGCUUCCGUCCAUAGAAGUUAAAAGUUCUUCACCUUGGUUUUUCCAUCAAGAUCGAUUUCGAUGUCUAUCCCUAUUGAUGGCUUGAUUGCUACAAUUCUUAUUUAGAAUAUUGUAAAUGAAUGAUAUAAACAGUUUUAUUUUUUUUAUAUUGUGAAUAUUGUGAGUAUGUUAAAAUGGAAUACAAGGAAGACUACUCUGGUUGUUUCUGCAGCUAAGAGGAAGUCUAUCAAGUAAUUACAGUACCAAGG